GCGGGGAGCGGACGCGGGUCCGGGACUCCGGCCUCCGCCGGGCGGCCCCCCGAAAGCAGGGUCUCGGGGCUCCGAGUGGAGAGAAGGAAAGAGCUGUGAUCACCUAACUGCCCUUCCUCUCCUGCCCCGGGGCAGGGGCCUCAGGAGGGAAACCAUCCGUCUGCACCGCCCGAGAAGGUCGGCUGGGUCCGGAAAUUCUGCGGGAAAGGCAUUUUCAGGGAGAUUUGGAAAAACCGCUACGUGGUGCUGAGAGGGGACCAGCUCUACAUCUCCGACAAGGAGGUGAAAGAUGAGAAAAAUAUCCAGGAGGUGUUUGACCUGAGUGACUAUGAGAAGUGUGAAGAGCUCCGGAAAUCCAAGAGCAGGAGCAAGAAGAACCAUAGCAAGUUCACUCUUGCCCACUGCAAACAGCCCGGGAACACGGCACCCAACCUGAUCUUCCUGGCAGUGAGUCCAGAAGAGAAGGAAUCAUGGAUCAAUGCCCUCAACGCUGCGAUCACCCGGGCCAAGAACCGCAUCUUGGACGAGGUCACGGUGGAAGAGGACAGCUAUCUGGCCCACCCCACUCGAGACAGGGCAAAAAUCCAACACUCCCGCCGCCCACCGACUCGGGGACACCUCAUGGCCGUGGCUUCGACCUCUACCUCGGACGGGAUGCUGACCUUGGACCUGAUCCAGGAGGAAGACCCCUCCCCUGAGGAACCGACCUCUUGUGCUGAGAGCUUUCGGGUCGACCUGGACAAGUCGGUGGCCCAGCUCGCGGGCAGCCGGCGGAGAGCGGACUCGGACCGGAUCCCGCCCUCCUCCGACCGGGCCAGCGGCCCCCCUCGACCUUGGGAAAAGCCAGGCAAGGGGGCCACCUACACCCCCCAGGCACCGAAGAAGUUGACCCCCACAGAGAAAGGCCGCUGUGCCUCCUUGGAGGAGAUCCUGUCUCAGCGGGACGCGGCCCCAGCCUGCACCCUCCAGCCGCGGGCCGAGGAGCCCCCACACCCGGGGCAGCUGUCCCGGAUCCAGGACCUGGUAGCAAGGAAACUGGAGAAGACUCAGGAGCUGCUGGCGGAGGUUCAGGGACUGGGAGACGGGAAGCGAAAGGCCAAGGACCCGCCUCGGUCUCCUCCCGAUUCUGAGUCCGAGCAGCUGCUGCUGAAGACGGAGCGGCUGCUGGGGGAGGCGUCUUCGAACUGGAGCCAGGCCAAGCGGGUGCUGCAGGAGGUCAGGGAGCUGAGGGACCUCUACAGACAGAUGGACCUGCAGACCCCCGACGCCCACCUCAGACAGACUGCCCCGCACAGCCAGUACCGGAAGAGCCUCAUGUGAAGGAAGGGGACAGGGUCUGGAACUUGGGAGGGUGGGGGCACAGACUCCGAUCUCCAAGUGUUGCAGGAGAAAGCUUUUUUAUUUACCUCAGUUAAAAAAAGAAAACAAAAACACAA